AUGUCCCGCGACCGCAGCAGCACGCACCGGCGCCGCAGCGACGCCGCACGCCUGAUGCGGCUCGCCGCAGCGGGCCUCGUCAUGGCCGUCGGUGCCGCCGCCGUGUGGGCGCAGGCCGCCGGCCAUCACUGCAUCCACGACAACCUGCAGGCCCGCGUGCUGCAGUCGGUGGCGCAGCAGCACAGGCCUCCCGGCAGCGUCUCGGCCCUCGGUCUGCCCUACGUGUCCGCCGACUGGGCGCUGGCCGACAGCACGUCGCCGAGUGUCGCGCACUCCGCGGACUGGGGCACGCUGCGCAUUCUUUUAUCAGUCGAAGAUCUCAACGACCCCGACUACUACUGCUCCUACGUUGGGCAGCUUGUGAACAACCACGCUGGCGCUCUCGACAUGUGCAAAGCCGAGGACAUCCUCACGGACGCGAAGCGCAAUACACUUGUCGGCUCCCUCAUCCCGCAGGCGCUGCAGCUGCACACGGAGCGGCUGAGGGUGAGGCAGGUGCAGGGCAGCUGGAAGGUGACCGGCAUGACGGGCGACGUGUGCGGCACCUUCAAGGUGCCGAAGGCACACGUCACGGUAGGCGUCAGCGACGCCGACUUCGUGCUGUACGUUGCCUCGGUACCGAGCGAGCCAGGCGUGCUGGCGACGGCUGUGAUCUGUCAGACAUCCUCCGACGGCCGACCUGCCGUGGGUGUCAUGAACAUCCCUGCGGCCUACAUUCGGUCAGCCUACGACCAAAUUAUGCUGCGCACCGUAGCGCACGAGGUGGCGCACGCCCUCGGCUUCGACCUCACCGUUUUCGAGGAUGUGGGGAUUGUUGGUGACGUGAGCAACUUGCGUGGGAGGGACUACGAAGUUCCUGUGCUCAGCAGCCCCACGGUGGCGGCCAAGGCGCGCGAGCAGUACGGCUGCGCCACCUUGACGUAUCUGGAGCUGGAGGAUACGGGUGGUGGUUCUACUGCCGGCUCGCAUCUUAAGAUGCGCAACGCCAAGGAAGAGCUCAUGGCGCCUGCCGUGACUGCAGGGUACUACACCGCCCUGACCAUGGCCGUCUUCCAGGACCUCGGCUUCUACCAGGUUGACUUCACCAAGGCCGAGGUGAUGCCGUGGGCCUAUCUCGCCAGCUGCGACUUCAUCACCAAGAAGUGCAUGGAGGACAACAUCACGCAGUGGCCCGGAAUGUUCUGCAACUCCACGGAGAGUUUGUAUCGGUGCACCAGCGACCGCCUUAAAAUCGGGAGAUGCAUCAUAGUCACGCAUGACGACCCGCUGCCGACGUACUUCCAGUACUUCACCGAAUCGUCUGUCGGUGGGCGCCUAACAUUCAUGGACUUCUGCCCGUUAGUGAUGGGCUACAGUAAUACUGCUUGCGAUCAGGACCCAUCGACGGCACCUUCGUUUUUUAAGGAGUUCAGUCUCUUCUCCGACUCGUCGCGCUGCUUUGAUGGAACCUUCAGACCGAAGCACAGCACUGGUCCCCCUGGGCCGUACAACGGCAUGUGCGCCAAAGUGAAGUGCGACAGAGCCCACCACACGUACAGCGUCCAGGUGCGCGGCAGCAGCGGCUACGUCGCAUGCACGCCAGGCGAGAGGCUGGACCUGGCCACCUUGAGCACCACUUUCGUGGAAGGCAGCUACAUUAUGUGCCCGCCGUACGUGGAGGUGUGCCAGGCCAACAUCAAGGGAGUCAUAGACUUCGAGAGAGACGCUGCCGACACAGCGGCGGUGUGA